AUGGCAGAGGAACUUAAAUUCGUAGACUCUGACAACAUUGAUGGAUAUCUCAUGGAUCCUCCUGCUGCUCAUCAAGAAUUCAAAUCCAUGAUGGUGGGUUUGAACAACUAUAGGAUCUCUCAAGCCCUUCAUGCCAAUCCAGUCAUUCACAAAGACCUGAUCAAUAGUUUAUGGAAAAAUGCUUCGAUCAACAAUCAAGGAUCAAAUGGAGCUAGUACAGUGGAAUCUAUUGAAGUUAUGGAGAAAAUGUGUUAUGAAGGAAACUAUGCUUCCACUAUCAAGAAGCUACUGCCACCCUACUGGAGGUUCCUGGUACACUCCUUCGUGAGUUUCAUUUAUGGAAGAAAGGGAGGCUCUGAUGAAAUCAGUAAGAUUGUGACCUCUUCCAUUGUUGCUCUAGCUAUGGACUGGGAUUACAACUUCUCAAAGACGCCCGAUACAUUGGAUAUGAAAGCUUUGGGUCCCAACACUUUUGGACUCAUGAAGCAAUCGAGAAAGUCUGCCAAAGUUGCUUGUCAAGGAUUAAAGGAGUUAUUUAAAGUUGUAAGGUUUGCUGAGAUUGAAGACACUCCUGCUGUUGGUUCAAUAAAUGUUGAGGUUGUUGAGGAACACAUGGCGCCCAAACCAAAGUUUCAAUUCGCCAUUGAUGAGAUUGAAUUAUCUAAUGAUGAAGAAGAUCAAGAGGAUCAAGAAAAUGAUUUGACAGAAAAAGAUGAACUGCAAGGAAGCCUCCCCAAACAGUUUUUGUCGCUGCUGAACCUCUAUCUGAAAGUGAUCCAGAAGACUUAUCCUACGCUUUACUCCCAAAGAAGCGAAAAAGAAGAGAUCCAAGGCCGGGAGUGUUUAUCACAAGCCCAGUUCAAAAGUAAUACAUCGAUUGAGCCUGGUUCUAUGGCUCAAAACAUAGAAAUCACAUUCACUGAGACCUCUCCAAUGAUUCAAGAAAUACCAAGCCUGUUCCUUGAGCUCAUUCCUAUGGAUCAGGAUUUUCAAAGCCUAAUUGUUGAAGAAGAAGUCAUACCUUCACAAGGAGCUCAAGCUUCAGGAAGCUCAUUUGAAACACCCGAGCUGGACAUAUCCAAAGGCAAAAUAAAUUUGCCUAAAUAUGAAUUUAUUGAUGUCGUUCAGCUUCAAAACAGAGUCUUCGAUUUGGAACAAAACUCCGCUGAAAAAAGAAUUGGUAAUUGGAAAGCAGGACAUUCGAAUCAGCGAGCUUGA